UCAAGUUGUGUUUGUCAGCCAUGUUGACAGCGUAACGUGUAACGUAGAUUGUUUAGGAAUUUCGGUUGUUAGAUACAAAUUUUCGGGUCAGUUUUGUGCGAAGUGCGGUUUUGAAAUUAUGUGAAAAGUCGACCGUUGUUUUACUGUGUGUACCUGUGUUUGUUCUGAAUAAUGCUCAAGUGAUAUAGUGCUCUUUACUUUGGAUUAAAUCACCAAUAUGAGCUGGGGGUCCGAAUUAUGGGACCAGUACGAGAAUUUGUCUCUGCACACGCAGAAAGGGAUAGAUUUCUUAGAAAAAUACGGUCAUUUUAUUAGGGAUAGGUGUGCAAUUGAAGUGGAAUACGCCUCUAAACUCAGGAGACUUGUAAAAAAUUACCAACCAAAAAAACGGGAAGAAGAAGAUUACCAGUAUAGUCCAUGUAAGGCUUUCAAGACUGUGAUGGGAGAAAUAACCGAUUUGGCAGGACAACAUGAGCUAAUAGCUGAAAAUUUACAAACGGAUGUCAUCCGUGAAAUUCACAUGCUUGUCAAAGAUUUCAAAGAAGAACGGAAAAAGCAUUUACAAGAUGGGGCCCGAAUGAUGCAAUCACUGGCAGGUCAAAUUGCAUCUUUAGACAGGGCAAAAAAGAACUAUGAAAAAGCCUACAAAGAUGCGGAGAAGGCAUUGGAGAGCUUUCAAAAGGCUGAUGCUGACCUCAACCUAUCUCGAGCCGAAGUUGAGAAGCAGCGCAUGAGCAUGAUGACGAAGAACCAGCAUUGCGAAGUCACCAAAAAUGAAUACGCCAACCAACUCCAGAGGACUAAUGAACUUCAGAGUCAGCACUACCGCCAUCUCAUGCCAGAAGUUUUUAGACAAUUACAAGAACUAGAUGAAAAGAGAAUUAGGAACAUUCGAAAUUUUAUGACGCAUUCGGCAGAUGUCGAGCGGAAAGUCUUUCCCAUUAUGGAACAAUGUUUGGAUGGAAUUGUAAAGGCUGCCUCCCAAAUUAAUGAAAAAGAAGAUACGUUAUUAGUCAUUGAAAGGUAUAAGUCUGGUUUUCCACCUCCGGGUGAUAUACCAUUUGAUGACCUGAGUCGGAACGGCGAUGCAGUCCACAUUACGCAGCCGCUUACUAUCCCAGGACUGCACAAAGCAGACACACUCACUAUCAAGGGAACCAUGGGUGCUGGUCGGCUCAAGAAACGGGGUCUUAUUUUUAAUAUUUUCAAUUCAAAUAAGCUACUAGAAGCGUGCAAUUCCUUUAAGAAUAAUUUAUCUUCCUCUGGUGAUAACAAGGAUGACUUUAGUGAUUUGCCUCCAAAUCAGAGGAGAAAGAGGCUCCAGCAGAAAAUAGAUGAAAUUCAAAAUAAAAUUCAACAAGAAACAGCAGCUAGGGAUGGUUUAAUGAAGAUGAAAGGUGUUUAUGAGCAAAACCCUGCUCUUGGCGACCCUAUGUCGAUAGAGGGUCAGCUGAAUGAAAGUGGGCACAAACUGGAUAAAUUACGGUUAGAGUUGCAGAAGUACCAAGGCUUCUUGGAAGAUGGAAACAUCACCAAUGAUGGCAACAGCCCGGCCAAUCUUAGAAGACAAAAUUCAACUGUCAAUAAUGUUAACGGAUUACAAAAUAACUAUCAAAAUAAUGGAGGUGGCUCAGGUGGAGAAGAGGAAUCGUUAAGUCGAUCAGCGUCUGAUUCUAGUGUAUCCAAUAGUAAUCACCAAAAUCAUAAUAAAUCACUCAGUCAUCUACCUAUCCAUGGGUUCUCCAACAGUCCAGAGUCAGGGCUUGGCACUUCACACACGUCCUUACCAGAUUCGGAAUACUAUGACCUACCACCACUUGGAACGUGUAAAGCUCUGUAUCCAUUCGAAGCAACGAGUGAAGGAUCGAUUCCCAUGUAUGAUGGAGAGGAAUUGUACAUAAUUGAACUUGACCAGGGAGAUGGCUGGACCAGAGUGCGCAGAUUGAAUGAUUCAGAAGAAGGAUUUGUACCAACGUCAUAUAUUGAAUGCUCCGUUUACAAUUCUUAACAGUAGGUAGAUGUUUUUUACUUCUUAUCACCAUAGUCAAGGAACAUAUUCUGGCCUGCUUCAAUGCCAUCUUACCUCCGCCGGACUAACUUCGCUCAUCCGCUUACUCUGAUCACUCUCCGCGCCUAAUCUCUUUGAUGGAUGUUUUUGCAAUUUUGUUGAUACUCUUUUAAAUGUUGAUUUUGAUUUUAAUUUUUCUUCUCUAGCCGUGACAGCCAACUUUCAAAGAGCGCAGAGCUGAGACCUCUUAUUGCAUUUUGAAUUUAAUAAGUGAACUCACAAAUUUCAGUCAUCAGUGUCGAAAAUCAUUUGACCUGAAGGCUAUUCGUGGACAAGUACUUAAAUGAAAUACUCAAGUAUUGCGUCAUAAUUCUGUGCUUCAAUUCAUUUUUACCGACUUAGGAACACAUAAACCUAUUUUGAGUUUUUUUUUUAAAUUGAUAUCAAAUUGGAAAAAAGCAUCAAUUUGCAGAACAGCACAAUACUUACAAUUUUAGGACACAAUGUGCUAUAAAUUAUGAAGGUAAUAAGGUUGAAAAAUCUUUCCGAUUGAGUCAUUUUUGUUUUGCCAUGGUGGGUGCACCUUUUCUUGCUAAGAGCAGAAAAUUAUCAUUGAAGAAGGUUAAGCUCAUCUGAGCCAUUGAACAAUGUAAUAGUCUUCACUCGCAAAACUUGUCACUCAGUUAACUUUUCUCUGAAAGUCAAUGGUGUAAGGACUUAAAUACUUAAAAGAAUGAGCCUAUUCGGUAUUUUGUAAUAAUUGCUCCUAGUGACUUGAAACAGUGUCGAAUUUUUAAAGUAUAUCUUACUCCCGCCAUGUGUAUUUAUCAAGGCCAAUUAUCUUGUUGGAAAUGUCAUCGGGAACAGAUCUCCCAGGUCCUUUCUCUAAUUACCACUGAACAGAUGGAGGAAUGUACAAAUAAAGGAAAUCACACCAUAGAUGAAACUUUGCCAGUGGACCCAUUCAAAUGGAGAAAAAUUUUCCUUGCAAAGAAUUUCCUUAAUUUUUGCAUGCAUUUUUACCUUCAAAUAACGAACUCCUCACUCAUCAGACACAGGGAGUCACAUUAAAUUAGUUGUAGAUGUUGCCAGGAUGAAUUUUAAAAAAUUCUCUCAGUACUGUCUGUUUUUAAUUGGUCUGUUAAAAUACUAGUUGAAAACAAUGAAAAUGGCUUUAAAUGUUAAGGCAGUAAUUUAAAAAAAUUCUUGCAAAGGCAAAAUACUCGCAGCCGAUUCCCUCAAAUAGACGUUUUCUUAGUCUGCUAUUUUGAUCUGCAUUUCCAUGACAGUAUUGAAAAUAUUUGAAUUUCAUGAUUUUUGUAACUGAACUUGUGUACAUUUACAAUCAAUGCACAAAGUGUGUAUUAUGUAAGAGUCUUCCAUCUCAUUGUUAUAGAAAGCGUGUGUAUUUACCUAUUUUUUCCCUGAAGAAUUGAUGAAAAUGAUCCUUUUCAAACCUUAUCAAUGAGAUUAUGUGAACUAAGUACUCACCUACUUUUGUAGUUAUUGAAACCAUUUGAUCAAAUAAAAAAUUCUCUCAUUGCGCUCGGAGGUUGGCUGUAUCGAUUUCCUUCAUUGUUACUGUGUAUUAUUGUAAUUUUAUGUUAUUGUUAUUCAAAGAAAAAAUGUACGGUACUCAUCAGACUCAACAAUGCGUACGAAGUCUGGUGCUUUUUUCCAAACCUGUUUUAUUGGUUACUUGUAUUAUUUUCUGUAAUUUUACUCCAUCAAGGAGUGACAUUUUUAUUUUAUUUAUGUUUUUAGAGUCUUCUUGGUUAUGAAGCAGAAAUACGAUAUACAUAAUCAGAAACAUCCAGUUUGUCUAAGUAGAAUCUAAAUAUUAUCUUAAUGGAUUAGCUAGAGCUGAUGCAAAGCUGAGUUGGCUUACUCUGAAUUUUUUAUUUUUGAAAUGGAAAUGAAACAUAGCAGUGGAAGUUUAGUAUAAAAUGAACCUCAUCUCAGAGUUUUUUUAACCUGUCUAUAAUGCCUAGUUUCAAGAAAUUUCAUUUGUAAAAUCUAAGCGUUAAGUAUCAAAGGCCCAGGGAUGAGCAUAACGGAUGGAAAUAAUGAAAGAGGCAAUUUUAGUUUGGUUGAUUUUACCUUCCCUAGAACAAAUAAGCUCCUCUACUUGAAAAUAUAUGGUUAUUUUUUUCAGUCAGUAAGUCAUUAAAAAUCAAGGGAAUUUUGAGAUUAUUUACACCAGGACCAUGAAGAAAAGAAUGACUUGAAGCUGAAAUUGAGCAGUGAUAAUAUCUUUUUACCAAACCGAAUGCAAGUUGCAUUUUCUGUCUAUUUGAGAAAGAUUUUGAAUGCCAAAAACUCUUGGAACAUUGAUUCCAUUUGUCCAUCGUGACUGCCUGUACCCAUGAGUUUUUAGUGCUUCAGCCCUUUUGAAAAUUAAAGUUUUGUCUAAGGUUGUGUGAUGAUUUUAUUUUUUAUUUUUUAACUUCCUUGAAUUCAGUUUUAGCUUUUCGAGAACCUCAAUUCGCUAGAAAAUCUUAGUGGAAAUUAGAUAUUUUUUCAACAUAAGAGGCUCAAAACUCUUGUAGCACUAGCCUAGCCUUCCAGAAAACUUGAAAUCUCAAGUACUGUUCAUAGUCCAACAAUAUUUUCUCAAUUAUUUGCAUUACUUUUCAACUUAUAUCCCAGGCAUUUUGGUUAAUUUUUCCAUAAAAAUUAGCAUUAUCAGGUUGUUACUCAAAAUUGUAUGAGUAUUUUAUCUUCUAGUUGAAAUAGUAUUUCAGAUUUUUUUCACUUCUGUUGGAGCUACUUAAACGCAUGCCAGCAAACAUGGUAUACGAAAUGCGUCUAGUUUAAGAUUCUGUGUCGCUAUCUUUCUCUCAUCGUAUCCUAUUUGACAAUUUUAAUUCUGUGUCAAUGAUAGUUCUAAUAUUGAGAGAGUGAAGUAUCAUUAUCUGUGGCAAGUUGAAAACUGCAAUAUAUUAUUCUGUAAUUUACUGAGAAACUGCAGUUUGUUAAUAAAUUUCAGUGAGCGCAUCUCCACUAAUAGAAUUACUCCAUACUAGGAAUAUUUAGCUUUAGAGGAAAAUCGUCACCCUCUUGAACAAAAUAAGUUUUCAAAUUUAGUAUAAGGGAAGCUAGGAGCAUUUUUACAUUCAUUUAUGCAGAACAAGAAGCCGAUCUUGUUCUAUACCUUUUUGUUACCACCUUUCUUUUUUUUUACUUUCUGUAAUUUCUGUGGUUCUAGUUUUUUACCGCAAAUUAGGCCUUUUAUCACGAAUCCUGCUGAUGUAAAAUUUAAGUGUUACUGUCUUAGAUUGAAAAUCAGAAAGUUAAAAACCUUAAAUUUGUAGGUAAAUUAGGCUAUUUGGUAUUCCUAUCGUAGAAGAUUUCCUCGCUGGUUGUAUUCACGAGUUCUCUCAGUUUUGCGUAACUGCAAGGUCUGAAGCUUUGGUCUAUUGACAAAUAAGUUCUCCAGUGCCAAUCGUAGAUUGAUGAGAUAUAUUUUUGAAUAUUUUUCUCCUAGUAAUCCUUUUAUAAGUUAGUUUGUGAUGCCCCUUCAUAUUUUGAGGUUGAUUUUAUUGACGGUUGUUUCUUUAAACCUCUAUUGGAUGAAGUAUUUUGAACAAAUUUCUCUACUUAGUCUCGUGUGCUUUUCUUAAGUAACAGCAUACAACAUUGCAGAGACUGAAGGACAUUUUUAGCUCGAUAAACCUAAAAUUUUAUUACACUAGAAAUAACAAGCAACUACUUAUUUAGACGAACCUAGACGAUGUCCAAAAAUCAUUUAGGACUGCUACUAUUUGUAUCUUACAUAAAAUCUGCCUAUCGCAAUCAGCUUUUUCCUCUUUUUUUCAAUCAGAGUAAUACAACUUUUUUGUUUAUAGCUGAUACUGUUUUGACCAAGAUUUUACCUAUUUAAAAAAGAGGAGAUGGACUAAUUUCUUUCAAAGGGAACAUUUUAAUCGGACUUCAGAGAGUUGAAAUUGAUAUUCAUCUAGUGGUCAUUUUUGUCUAUUGAUUAUUCAAAUUUCUAAUUUGUUUUACGAUGCAGGUCUUCUGAGAACAUUCUUUUUAUGUUUCCGUCUCAGCUUUGAAGCCCCUUUUCUUUUCUUAUUUCUCAAGAAGAAUUCAACAACUUUGUGAUUCUUUUUCAGUUGCUAUGUUUAGUUUUUGUAUCACUUCAGCUAUUCACCUAACAUAUUUUUUAUGCACACCACAUAAAAAGGAAAGAAUACUAUGUUCAUUUCCAAAGAUUACAUAAUACCCAGUUCAAUAGCUAAAACUUGAUGUAUGAUUGUGUGAUUUAUUUGUUCAGUUUAAUCUCAUCAAUUUUGCUUUUGAUAUUCUGAUUUUAUGGAGCUGCUAUCCCUAUCCUUCAUUUUAAAGAGAUACUACAAAGUUUGUACUUCUGGGUUUGUUAAUGCGGUUGUCUAUAAAUUAUCUGUCCACGACUUUUAAUUCACUUCUAAAACUACCCAUGGCACAAGUUUCAAAAUCGGACAUUUAUGCCAAGAAACUGCCAUAAAGGUGAUGGAUAAAAAUUUGAAACUGGACUGUAAUGAAAAAGAACUUUUUUUUCCUCUUCUUUUUUUGGUGUGUGUCAUAAGUGACAAUAUCAACCACUCUUGUUCAUUAAAAUUUACUUUACCUUCAUUUUGUUGUUUUUCCCCCAACAUUGAUCCCUCAACACAAUCCUAUCAAAUCACUUGACGAUGACUGUUUGUAAUUGGAAGUUAGUGUCUCGCAAUCUUGAACAAUUAUAUGAAAUUAAUGUGAUCGGAGGUUAGAAAUACGUACAAAUUGUAUAUAUAGGUAUAGCUCACACCUAUUAUGUGUUUAUGCUAGUAAAUUAUUUUAUUGAUUUCUUGCUCCUUUCUUUUCUUUUUUUUCUGUUUUUUUGUUCAAUUUGUUAUUUUGAGGUUGCAAAGUGCACAGUUAUUGCUUAGUAAUUGUAUAUUGAAGCUUUGACCUACCCCACAAAUGUUGUUAUGCCAUGUUAGAUUUUAAGUUUCGUAACUUAUUAUAUACUUUUUUAAUAAAGGUAUUUUUUGUCAUCAUAUGUAAAGAAUACAUUUUUUUCUUAAUACAUUCCAA